AUGAAGCUCGAAGCUGAGAUUCCUUUGAGGGCGGACUUUGAGGGGGAAGCGAUCAGCAUCUGGACGCGGCAGACCAUCGGCAUCGUGUUCAACGGCUUCCUUCUUUCCUUCCUCAGUGCCACAUGUACCGGAGUUGCCUAUGGACUGUUCCUUGGAUAUAUGGGCUUGGAUUCCUACGUCAUGUCAUCCAUCACGGCUCUCAUGAAGCUUCCGGAUGUUUUGCCACUCCCCUAUGGCAUGAUGACAGACUGCUUCCCUAUCCGUGGGCAAAACAGAAAGCCUUGGCUCUUGGUGGCUUGGGCCAUCUCGGCCAUGGCACUCCUUUCACUGAGCUUGAAGCCUCAGCCGGCCCCUUUCUACUGCCAAGAUGAGAACGGGGACUACAAUUGGUACGCACCCCCUUGCAACCCCGAGAUACACAAGCAGAAGACUUGGUACAUCUUCCCGCUCUUUCUCCUGACAGCUGGUGUCCAGCUUGGGAGCGUGGCGGGGCAAGCUCUUCUACUAGAGUACUCUCAGCGAGAGCCUUCAGAUCAACGUGGGCGGAUCAAGACCGAAAUGACGAUGGUCUGCACAGCAGGGGCUUUGACUGCUGCAUUUGUCAUUGGCAUCUUCAUGAACAGCAAGGCUUACUUGGGCUCCUUCGACUGGGGCUUGUCCUUCAGUGGCUUGAUGACCGUUUGCUUGCUCCUUGUCAUCCUCAUUAUCCCUGUAACAGUACUCUGUGUCUGGGAGCCCCCGAAAUCUGGGAAUACGGCUUCCUGCCGCUCUCACGCGAAGGCCUCCUGGGAUCUCGUCCAGAACACAGCUCUCUCCAGCCUUCUCUUCUUUGGCUUUUUUGUCCAGUUCCUGGUCUCCAUGACGACCACGGCAGGGCCCAUGGUCCGGAGCCAAUGGGCACAUGUGAAAGUUCUGCAGCAGCAGAUGUUUGGCGUAGCCGGCCUAGGCGUCAUGAUUGCAGCCACAUGGAUCUACAAGCUGUUCUUUCUUCAGGUCAGCUGGAGAAAAGUCAUAUUCCUGGCCAUCGUGGCCGUGAACGUGGUCGACGCGAUCCCGCAGUUCCUCACCACCUUUGGUGUGGUGCGGAACCAAUACUUCUACCUUGGCGACGAUAUCGUCAGCUCCAUUCCGAAUGCAAUGUUGCAGUUAGUUUCGAACCUGAUGAUCAUCGAGCUAGCCGAGGCGGGGCGCGAAGGUCUCUGCUUUGGCUUGAUUGGUACUCUACAGCAGUCAGCCUUACCUUUUGCCACGGUCGUCAGCAAUCAAGUCUAUGGUCUCUUCACCCCAAAGCUCUCCAGCCUUGAGAACUACGUCUUAGAUACCCCGGAAUUCCGGUCCACCGUGGCCUGGUCUUAUGUGUUGACCUACGCCACCUCCUUCUUCGCCUUGGGCCUGCUUCCGAUGAUUCCAUGGCAGAAAGCCGAGGCGCACAGGCGGAAGAACGAGUGGAAAACCAACUCCUUCAUGGCCACCCUGGUUCUGGUCAUCCCGGCCCUGUGCCUGCUCUACGGCAUAAUUGUCUUGAUUCUGACAAGCCAGCCCGAGACGGCGUGCCUGCGGUGGGUCGGGGGCCAGGGAUGCGAGCAAGACAGCGAUAAGCUCGCAGUGAGAAACCUGAUGAGCAUCCUGUCUUUGGCUGAAUGCAGCCGGAGAUUUUCCUAA